AGCUAAUAUACAUAUAUAUUAUAUAUAUUUAUAUUGUGUAAAUGUAGCAGCAGUUACAUUGAUUGUGUCAACAACAAGAAGUGCAUUAACCAAUUGACAAAAAAGAGGGGAAUAUCAAACAGCAAGCAGUUGGAAAUAUGACCUUGGCACAAGACGAUACAGAUUUUGAUGUUAAAAAUGGAAUUAUUGAUAGCGAGACGCCUCCGCACUCAGAGCUAGCGGCCCAAUAUAAGCGGAGCUUCGCCUAUUACACGUUCCGUUUCCGUCUGCCGUCGACUUUGGAAACAAUUGCCAACUCUUUGGCCAAGAACAAGGACGAACUGCUGGCAAAAUAUGGUGCGGAUGCAGUCACCGAUAUUGAACAAACAGCAGAAGCUAUUCGGGAGCUGCGCUCGAACAUAUUGCAAAAUGAAAAGCUGUUGCCCUUCACCGACAAGGAAAGCGACUGUGACGUGUGGAAUGCAUUUCUGGAGAAGUUGCCACAGGAGAAGCGUACCUAUUUUAGUGCCUGUUGGCUUUACGCCGAGUGCUACAUGUAUCGCAAAGUCUCCUCCAUAUUCCAGUUAUCCCGCCUGGCGGGCUUUGAUUACUUCAGCCGGCAAAAGAGCACGGCUACCCAGCUGAGUCUGGAUGCAAUGCUGGCCGUAGCUAAAGCCACUCGGAGUAGUGAAAGCAAUGCGGCCACCUUUCAGCAGCUAUUGAAAUUGAAUCUGUGGGGAAAUCGCUGUGAUCUGUCCAUUACAUCGGGCAAACAGGUUAAACCCACAGGAGAUGCCUUCGAUCUAGUUCAAGAGCUGGAUUCCAAUUUGCUAGUGGAUAAUACAAAUGCCAUAUGGCUAUCAUUGCACAGUUCGAACGGCGAGGGUAUUGUUGAGAUUAUCUGUGAUAACGCCGGCUAUGAGCUGUACACGGAUCUAAUACUCGCUGAAUAUAUAAUCGACAAAGGAUUGGCGAAGAAGGUGCGCUUUAAUGCGAAAGCCAUUCCAUGGUUCAUAUCGGAUGUCAUGGCCAACGAUUAUCACUGGACGCUGCAAUUUCUAGCCGACCAAUCCGACUUGGUGCUCGGUGAGCUCGGCAAGAAACUGAAACGUUUCACGGAUGAGGGCAAAUUUGAGUUGGCGCCUCUCGAGCACUUUUGGACUAGUCCAUAUGAGUUUUAUCGCAUGGCCGAGAUGCAACCGACGCUCUAUGAGCGUCUAUCCCAGGCACAGUUGGUUCUCUUUAAAGGCGACCUCAACUAUCGCAAGCUUCUGGGCGAUUACAGCUGGCAUGAUACAGAAUCCUUUGAGACCUGUCUGCGCGGUUUCCGGCCCUCCAAUCUCUGCACGCUGCGAACUAUUAAAGCGGAUUUGGUGUGUGGAUUGCCACAGGGUUUGUCGGAACGACUCUUUGCCACGAACAAGGAAUGGAUGCUCACUGGCGAAUACGGCCUUAUUCAGUUUGCCAGCAAGUAGAGGAAAAACAAACAAGUUGCAAUAGUUUAAUUGUUGAUAUUUUAUGUAUAAAUCAAUUCUUUUGCUAGUUUAUUUCGUUGCUAAAAUAAAGACUGUUCAAAGUGGAACCAUGCUAAGAAUAGUUGCUUAACGAAAA